AUGCUAAAUCUGGCUCAGGCUCUGUCACGGAAUCGAGAGAUAAAGGAAUCAAUCGAUGCCUCUAAUCUCCAAUCUCCAAAUCGCAUACGGUAUCCCAUAUAUGGAGACAUGCAAGAUUGGAACUACAUAUUUGUUGAUUGUUUUGAACCGACUUUGGAGAUCAGUGCCAAUAGUGCUAGGGACACGAGCACUCAUGGUGGAUUUUCAGUUCCUUGGAAUGCAGCUGAGAAAGUGUUUCCUCCAUUGAACUUUUCACAACAAACUCCGGCUCAAGAAUUAAUCGUGAGGGAUUACAUGACAAUGAAUGGAAAUUUAGACAUAUUUUGUGAUUUUGUGGAAAAUAUUGAAGAGGUGAAAAGUGAUAAAUUGAAGAAAAUAGGGAAAUCUUGA